GGAGACACACACCGGAGACAUCAUCCAUGGCGUCCGUCACGUCCACCCGCGCGCUCUCCGCGUCGCGCGCCGCCUCCCUCCGCGGCGCGUCCCACCUCAAGUCCAGCGCCCGCGCGGCGGUCGCCGCCCCGCGCCGGCGCCGACCCAAUCACGCCGGGAAGUGUUUGGCGUACUUCGACGAUUCCUCCGACUUUGGCGGCGGCGGCAGCGGCGUGGACCCCGAGUCCCUCGCGAUCCUCCAGCAGAGGCUCGGUCAGCGCAUCGACCUCGAGGGCGAGGGCGCCGAGCGCCUCAACAAGACCGCGGGCCUCCUCCUCGACGCCUCCGGCCGCGCCAUCGACAAGGACGAGCGCAGGAAGGUGCUCAAGGCGGACGAGGCCGGCCAGGCGCAGCAGGCGCUCGAGAUCUCCUACGACCCGGAGGGCUUGUUCCCCGACGUCGACGAGACCAGCGCGAGCAUGCUCAUCGACAAGAAGAUGAAGGCGAAGGAGAUCGAGCUGCAGAAGAAGGAGGAGGAGGAGCUGCGCAAGGAAUACGAGGCGGCGAGGGCGGAGCUGGAGGCGGCGCGGGAUGCGCGGAUUCAACCCACCACGCACGACGAGCUCGUGGCGUACUUCUUCUCCACCGAGUUCAACGAGAUGGAGUACGAGAUCGUCAAGCAGCGCCCUUUGCUGACGGACGACUUCUUCGCGUACCUGGCGGCCAGGCGCGACGGCGAGGGCGACGAAGAGGAGAAGGGUAAGUUGGAUGCGCUCUUCACGGUGACGAGCAACUUCGUGGGUUUCGUGGACCAGACGACGCGCGCGAUGCUGUCGCCGCUGGAGCGCAUGAAGAAGCUGCUGGGCGCGAAGGACAAGAGGGCGAUGAUCCUGGAGAUGGUGGACAACGACGAGCUGGACCUCAACCUCAUGGCGCUCCUCAAGACGAACAUCAACACGGCGCGGCAGGCGGGGCAGGAGGACGCCGCCAAGUUCAUGGAGAAGAUCUACGCGGCGUGCGCCAAGUUCGUGGACGGCGCGUGAGUUGUGAGCGAGCCUUUUGCCCAGCGGUGCCCGCGCGCGUGUCUCGACGUACCACGAGUAUUACUGUUAUAUGCGAUAUCAUCUUUACGAC